AUGCCGCUUUUGCCCUUUUUUCCUGGUGGAGCUUUGGGCCAGCCGAAGGCUGCAUCGUCCUCGGCCGCUUUUCUGGGCCCAUUUGUACUUUGCGCUAAUGAGCUUGGACUACCACCUUCUUCGGCUUUGGACCUUAAAGCUUCCCGCGAACAAUGGUUCAACCAGUUACACCCUGGGCGGAUGCUUACUGUUAGAGAUCUUCUCUCUUGCUGGGUUGCUUUUAUUAACAUGACAGAGAGGAGUUUAGGGCCUGAAUUUGCAUUUCUCCAUGGGGCAUUUCUUGUGUUGCUUGAUGGACUAAGUUUAGGGACUGAUAUUUCUAAAAAGGAUGCUGUAGAGUUCAGGCAAAGAUGCUUGCAUUUUCUAUUAGAAAAGCUAGCGGUGGAAACCAAUAAUUUGAUAUACACAAAACUUUCAAGGAUGGAAAAUUUUGGUUUGGGUGAUCUGGGAAUGAUUGCUGAUAUUUCUUGCACUGAAAAUAUGCAAUGUGACAAUAUCUUUGGUAUCAAUCCAUUCUACAUUGAAAAAGGUUGUGAAAGCUGUGAGGUAGGGGAAUUUGAGUUUUUGGCACCAAUGACCUGCAGAAAUGCCUUGCGGGUACUGAGGGCAAUGCAACUUCCAAAGCUAGUUUUAUUGGAAGGUAGUCCAGGUGUUGGGAAGACAAGUUUAAUUGUUGCCUUGGGAAAAUUUUCUGGACAUAGGGUUGUACACAUAAACUUAUCUGAGCAGACUAAUAUAAUGGACUUGUUGGAGUCGGACUUACCUAUUGAGAGUGAUGAAGGAAUAAAGUUUGCGUGGUCUGAUGGAAUCCUACUGCAGGCUUUAAAGGAAGGUUGUUGGGUUUUGCUUGAUGAACAUAAUCUUGCUCCACAAUCUGUGUUGGAGGUACCGUAA